GUGUAAAUGCGUAGCGCGAUAAAUUAUUAUUUUUGACGUUUUGCCUACACUUUGGGGAGAUGCGCGUGAGAUCAGUGACUUCGUGUGCCGAUCAGCUGAUUGGAAAUGUUUCCAUUCGAAAGUUUGAGUCAUAGUUUAUAUCACGCUAUUCUGAUGUAAAUACAUAAUUUUCUUAUAAAAAUUGGUGCCUGUUGACAAUUAUUAUUGACAGAGGCAGAUCGCCUUGAUUGUUGCUUAAAAAUGACAGAAGAAUUAUCUGGUGUAACCAUAGUGAUAUUUAUAGCAGCGGGCGUUUUAACAAUAUUAUUGCUGUUUAUUUUCGCGAAACGACAAAUCAUGAGAUUUGCUCUGAGAUCUCGUCGGGGUCCUCAUAUUCCUAUAGGACACGAUGCGAAAAAAUCUUUGAAAAAGGAAAUAGAGAGGAGGAUUGAAGUUAUACCUAGGAUCCAAUAUGAACCGCAGCUCAUUAGUGAUCCUAGGUACAUUUUGACUCCAGGAGGCCAAGCUCCGCCACAUUAUUAUAGAUUGAAAGCAGUUGACGAUGUUAAAACCUUGGAAGCGGAGAUUACAAAAUAUGACAAUUGUUUGAAGAGACAUCCUUCAGAGAAUCUGAGAGCGUACUUACUCACCACACUUGCUACUGCAUUAAAUGGAAAUGGUCAGCGUUUAAUACACCAGUUCUGUGAUUUGUAUGAACAUGCAAGACAUGAUCCUACUGAAUUCGGUGACGAGGAAUAUCAAGUAUACACUCGUUUGUUUCUAAAAUUAAUGGAUGCGGCGCGUUUAUUGAAAUCAUAUCCAAGCAGUAGAAAGUCUAGUCCUAGUCGUACACCAAUCAAGAAAAACGUGGAGACAAAGAGAAAUAUUUUAGAACCACGAAUGCGUCCACCAGAAGAACAGAUUCUAACUGGCUCGAGACCUAAUACUUUAACAGUAAUGACGUUAGACAAUAGCGAAACGUCCGUGUAGCAUUAUGAGUGCCGUCACAUACAACAUAUGUGACGAGGAAUUGUAGGUAGGUACUGAAAUAAUCUUACGAAACUAUUAUAUGCGAAUGAAACGUCCGAUUAAGUUAGGAAAAUCAUUAAAAUGCAUUUUUACUUUUGUGAUAAGUAAAAGAGGUUUUCACAUUCUAUUCAAGUUGAAUAUCAGUAUUAGUUGAAUAAUAUAUUUUAUAGACAACGAAUAUUUGUUUUUUUAACUUGUUUA